AUGGCGGAACGCGUCCUUCGAACAAGGAAACCACUCCCAUCAUCACCGAUUCGAGGUUUACAGCAAGGUCGUCAAGUCCCGCAACCUACGGCUGCGGCAGAUACCAGUGCUAGAUCUUCAAGAUCCAAGACGCAACAAGGACCUCCAGUCAACGAUCUCGAUCAGCCAAGUACUAUGAGGAGUUCUGUUGGACCUGAAGGACACAUUUUCGUAGCACCUGAUAACAAGCAUGUGUUCUUCAACUGGCACCCUGAUUGUCUUAUGAAAGCAUCACAUGCCUUUGGCUUGUUUUGCAGCACCUGUCGGGACCAGCCAAUGAACUGGAUCCCCGGCGAUAUGCCUCCGCCCACAAAUGCUCAGGGUGAGCUGAUCAUGAUCGGGCCAGAGGAGGGAAUGGUCAAAGGUGUUCAUCUACAAGAAGAAGAAGCAGUGGCUGUUGAGUCAAUUGUGGCAUCAUUGAAUUUCCUCUCCUGGAGAUACACAGAAAUUGAUGGGUUCACAGAGAUUAUGGGAAGAUACCCAGAGUCUGUAGAGGCUGGCGAAAGAAUUGCAGAUCUAUAG